AAACUUGUUAAAUUAACAAUUAAAAAUGGGUCGCCGUUCCAUUAAUACCACAAAAAGUGGGAAAUAUAUGAAUCCCACAGACCAAGCGCGCAAGGAGGCACGCAAAAAAGAGUUGAAAAAGAAUAAAAAACAGCGGCAAAUGGUACGAGCAGCGGUCCUUAAGAACAAAGAUCCAUCCCAGAUCCUCGAGGAGAUGGAGAAGAUCGAUGAGAUGGAGUACAAUGUGCUGCAGCCGUCGCCACUCAAUGAGAAAGUGUUGCGGGACAAGCGUAAGAAGCUAAAGGAGACCUUUGACCGCGUGAUGCGACUCUAUCACAAUGACGAGCCGGAGCACUGGGCAGAGCUGAAGCGCAAAGAGGUGGAGUACGAGAAGAAGCGUAUGAAAAAGCAGCAAUACUACGAGAGCGUCAAGCACGCUCAGAGUGUUCAAAUUGAUGAGAUUCCCUUGCCUGCUCCCGUCACACCGACAACGCCUGGUCCUACUCCAAACGUAGCCCCUGCCGGCACAGGCUUUGGGGUGGGCGUUGGCAUGCGUGUUCCACCACCGCCUAUCGCCCUGGCCCUUCCUCCAUAUGCACCAGGCGCACCACCGGGAGUGCCCAAAAACAGCGAUGCAAUAUCCGUUGAAGUCCAGGCAGACAAGCCCAGCGAAGAGGAGGAUACGGAUUGGCUGGGCGUACCGCCAGGACCCCCGCCAGAUUUGUUUGCCAUGUCGGAACUAGACUCGGACGCCGAGGGUAAUACCGACUACGACGGGGAAGGGGACGAGGAAGAAGAGGAGGAUAAGGAGGAAGCGUCAGAGCCAAGCACUCAGAACAUUGAUGACUUCAUGAAGGAAAUGGAGCAUGUGCACAAACGCAAGCAUCGCAAACUCGCUAAGGAGGAUGAAGAAGGCGGCUCGCCUGACGAGGAAGACGAUGAAGCGAAUGAAAUGUCCGCGCGCAGCCAAGACAGUGACUCGGACAACAAAUCGAACCUCAGCAGCGAUAGCGAAGACGACCCCGAAGACGAGGAAGAUGAAGAUGAGGAGAUGUCCGAGCCAGCUGCAAAGCCUGAGCCAGCCAAACCAAUUGUGCCUGCCAUAACGACUCCCGCCCCGCCCAAAGCUCCCACAUUGCCACCCCUUCCGCUGCCGCCAACGUCAUCAGUGCCGGCCCCACCACAGGUCCCCCAUCUACCGCCAAUACACAACAUUGGGCCGCCAGCUAUAAUGUACCGUCCGCCACCCAUGCGCCCGCCAAAUCCACAUUCUGGUCCCGGCUCUGGGUUUGGAAUGCGUAUGCCACCAGGCCCACCACCGGGAUCGCGACCGCCCCAUGCUCUCGGGCCCAUGCCUCGCAUGGGUAUACGCAUGCCGCCAGGACCGCCGCCUGGUCUGCCACCCCGCAUGGCGCAUCACAACAAGCAAGGCGGGCCGCCGGCACCUCCUCCGCCGAAGGAAUCGGCCAAGGGUGUGACCACCAUCACCGCCAAACCACAAAUCCGAAAUCUAAGUGCGGAUGUUACGCGCUUUGUGCCCUCCACGUUACGCGUGAAACGUGACGAUCAACGUCGAGCGGCUCGACCCAAACACAUUACGGGUGAUACCGGCCAUGCCCCGUCCGAGUCUCACAGCAAGCCGCCCACCAAAGACGAUGCCUACAUGCAGUUCAUGAACGAAAUGCAGGGUCUGCUGUAGCACUCCCCACAAUUCCAGGCGGG